ACGUCAUUUCCGCCGUGUUGUCGACACGAAAAAUGGCGGCAGACUCGCGGGAAAUGUCACGACAUCAAAUUCUGUACAAGGCGAAAACCCCGCCUUGGAAAGAAGUGUAUCGUAGUCGUUGUAAGGAAAGGGUACGAAAGCAAAGACAAGUCCUGUUCGACCGUUUUCGUUGCAUUGAGGAAGAAUGCGAACGCGAAAGGGAACUAGCAUUCGCUGUGAACUGCAUUGUCCGCCAAGAGUGGGACGACCUACGACAGACACCGUUACGUCCCCAAGAAGGUGUGCAAGGCACAUUCGCAGGCUACGACGAGGAUGAAAGGCUUAUUGCAGACAUGCAACGAGAAAUUCUCCACGAAGAGCGGAAAAUAUUAAGUCAGUAUGAAGACACCCUGAAGUCCGAGGCUAAAGCUGUGGAUGCUGCUGUCGAGUUGUGGGCUAAGGACGGAGUUUUGUGCCCAGUUUGCUUCCGAAAUUACCUAACGAGGAGCGGCCCCUUCGUUGCGUGUCCUUGCGGACUCGUAUUGAGGACUGACAAAAGUGUAGAAGGUAUUCAACAAGCAAUUAGUGACGCUGUUGCUAGCCAUUCAUCGAACUGCACUGCGCGUCCUCUGUUUUCGCCAUUCAGGACAGGUUCGCAAAAUGACGAACUGUGGUGUACAUGCGAUGUCUGUGACUUUUUAUGUCCUUUAGUUUGAAAGGAAUAUGCAAGUGUGUUUCUCGAGGCCGUGUGGGGAUAUGCAGAGCAGCUGGGAAAUUGAACAUGUAUCUGGGAUCAGCUGCGAAAGCUUUCCGCAACAUAUGCUGCAUUUGCAACGACAAUGACGUGAUCGAAAUACAAUGAUGUGCCCAGAUACGAAAGGCCAACAAAAUGUCCGGGUUACUCGAACUGUCAUUGUGGCACCCACAGUUGCAACACUUAAAUUUCCUUAGACAAGCACUGCAUAAACAAGACGUGAAUGUCGUGCUUUGAGACCUGAUUCUUUAUUUGUGAAAAGCAGGAGCAAAGAGGGAGUUUUGUAGUUGUUUCGCAAGUUUAUGUUCAAGCCAGAACAUGUUCCCCGACAAAUAAAACAUAUUGCAAGUU